AUGGCCAUCCUACUCACUGGCGGCGCUUACGCCAAGACCUCCCAGCGCAUCGCCAGUUUGUGCAGAGAAGCCAAAAUUCCUUUCCUUUUUGCUUCCCGCCGCGGCGACUCUCCUCCUCCUGAAGAUACUACGACUUCCGGCCCUAAUGGGGCUGAUGCCCCGGCCGUGCGGUUCGACUGGACUGAUGGCGACACGUAUGCCAACCCAUUCGCGUACUCCUUCCCCACUGGCGAUGUUAUCCGAGCUGUAUACAUGGUCAUGCCCCGCGUGCCGGAGCCUGAUAAACACAUCAAUUCAUUCAUCGACUAUGCUGCCGCACGUGGGGUCAAGCGAUUUGUGCUCAUGGCAGGCACGUCGGCCAGUCUGGGCGGGCCCGGUCCGGGCAAAGUUUGGCAGCACAUGGUCGAGAAGGGCGUCGAAUGGGCCGUCUGCCGCCCGACUUGGUUUAUGGAUAACCUUUCCGACGGUUUUCAUCUCAAGACUAUCCGUGAGGAAGGCACCAUAUACAGUUGUGUCCGCGAUGCGAAGGUGCCCUUCAUCAGUUCUUUCGACGUUGGCGGUGUUGCCUUUGCUGUCUUGACCCAACCGGAGUCGCCAAACAGAGAUUACCGCAUUGUUGGACCCGAGCUGCUCACGCAUGAUGAUGUGGCUGCGAGGCUGAGCACUGCUCUGGGUCGCCCAAUUCGACAUGUUAGCAUGUCGCCUGAGGACAGGCUUCAUCAUAUGACGAGCACACUCAAGCUCCCUGCUCCAUACGCCGGCUUCAUGGUAAGCCUAGAGAAGCUCGCUGCGCGAGGCGCCGAGGACUACAUGGACGACACAGUGGAGCAGCUUACAGGCAGCAAGCCUGUGGAUUUGGACUCUUUUAUAAACCAAAGGAAGCCAAUCUGGACAUAG